UUUUUUCUAAAAUAUAUACAGUAUCGAAUCAGUAUAUAUAUGCAAUCAAAUCCUAAUAUUCCAACGUAACAAACGGUCAACUCUAAAGUAGUGUGUCACACUUUCUCCCGUCGUUCUGUUAUAUUUGAUUAUUUAUACCCUAAUAUAUCUCCCCCAAUAACUCAAACCAAUUACCUUAAUUAUUCUUUUAUACUAGUUCACCAAUAAAAACAAAAAUGGACGUUGCCAGAUCUGGCAACGGCGGAGGAGGAGGAGGGGGUUGGGCCACCACCAAAGGCCUAACCUUACAAGUCCUAAACGGUCGAUGGUUCAUGGUUUUCGCAUCACUUCUAAUCAUGUCCGCAGCGGGGGCCACCUACAUGUUUGGCCUCUACUCAACCGACAUAAAGGACGUUCUCGGCUACGACCAAACGACACUCAACUUAUUGUCGUUUUUCAAAGACGUAGGCUCUAACGUCGGUAUUCUUGCUGGUCUAAUCAACGAGGUCACACCGCCCUGGGUGGUCCUCGCCGUGGGCGGUGUCCUUAAUUUUUUCGGCUAUUUCAUGGUGUGGAUGGCUGUCACAAAAAGGAUCCCAACUCCCAAGGUCUGGCACAUGUGUGCCUACAUCUGCAUUGGGGCCAAUUCACAGUCCUUCGCCAAUACCGGCUCACUAGUCACGGUUGUCAAAAACUUCCCUGAGUCACGCGGCGCCGUUUUGGGUCUCCUCAAGGGCUACGUGGGUCUUAGUGGAGCUAUCAUAACUCAGCUCUUUCACGCUUUUUAUUUCGAUGAUACAAAAGCUUUGAUUCUCCUCAUCGGUUGGUUGCCUGCAGCUAUUUCCUUCGCUUUUCUCAGAACCAUUCGGUACAUGAAAGUCAUCAAACAACCCAAUGAGCUCAAAGUCUUCUACAACUUUCUCUACAUUUCGCUUGGGCUCGCUGGUUUUCUCAUGGUCAUGAUCAUAAUACAGAACAAAGUUACCUUUAAUCGGCCGGAGUUUGGCGCUAGCGCCGGAAUGGUAAUCUUUUUGCUGAUUCUUCCUGUUGCUAUAGUCCUUCUCGAAGAAUAUAAGCUCUUUAAGUCCAAUAAACUCGAGUUCACAAGGAUUGAGGAGAAUCAUAGUAGCGUUACUCUUGAUCCGGUUCCAGUAUCCGAACCCGAACCCGAAACCAAACCCGAACCAACAGAAGUCUCGUGCUGGAAAACUGCAUUUCAACCCCCAAACAGGGGAGAAGAUUACACAAUACUUCAAGCCCUUUUCAGUGUCGACAUGCUCAUUCUCUUCGUGGCUUGCAUCAGUGGCGUCGGGGGUACUCUAACGGCCAUAGACAAUCUCGGACAAAUCGGAUCAUCACUCGGGUACCCGAAACGGAGCAUAAGCACGUUCGUUUCCUUAGUCAGCAUAUGGAACUAUCUGGGUCGGGUCGUAGCGGGUUUUGCCUCGGAGUUCUUUUUGACCCGGUACAAAUUUCCCAGACCUCUUCUGUUGACUCUAAUCAUAUUGAUCUCUUGCGUGGGUCAUCUCCUAAUCGCCUUCGACGUGCCUAACGGUCUUUACUUCGCUUCGAUAAUCAUCGGGUUCUGCUUCGGGGCCCAAUGGCCUUUGCUGUUCGCCAUAAUUUCGGAGCUUUUCGGACUCAAGUAUUAUUCCACUCUCUACAAUUUCGGAUCCGUAGCCAGCCCGAUCGGGCUCUACGCCCUUAACGUGAGGUUGACUGGGCAUUUAUACGAUAAAGAAGCGAGGAAGCAAAUGGUGGCUUCGGGAAUUACACGGAAAGUUGGGGAAGCCUUGAAUUGUAACGGCGUUAAGUGUUUUCAGUUAUCAUUUCUUAUUAUCACAGCUGCCACGUUUUUAGGAUCGUUAGUUUCGCUGGUUUUGGUUAUUAGAACUAGACAGUUUUACAAGAGUGACAUUUACAAGAAGUUUAGAGAUGCUGCCAAGGCUAAUGAGACUGAAAUGGCUUUGGCUGAGUAUGGUAUUAAACCAUCAUCUACUAAUGGUACUAAUGGUACUGCAACGGUAAUUAAUGGAAAGUAAGCUAAUUAAAUUAUAUAAUAUUCUAUACUAUAUAUAUAGUCACGCUAAUUUGUGGUGUAUAUAUGCUUUUAUUAUAUACAUGAUUUUAUUUUUAUGUGAGUGGUUUGGAAAGUUCAAAUAGAUUUGAUGAUGAAAAAAAGUUUAGAUAUAUGUGUAAAAUUAAAGAAUUAUUUGUUCAUCUC